GGGCUGAUAUGGAAAUAUCGAUAAGGUGACGGCAGACCGGAGCAAGGGGCAAAACACGUAUCUGGUAACGUCGGCUGGUUCCUACAUGGUGUAAAAUACUGGCGCCACGAUGUUCCACAGGAGCUGGUGUUUCUCGCCGGUAAACUUCACGGCGAACCGGAGCAUCAGCGGCGAGCAGUUGCUGAAGCAGGGCUUCCUACGGGAGCGGCUCGGGGCCUGCCGCAGCCUGUACCGCAAGGACCUCUUCGGUCACUAUGGAUGUGUCAACGCCAUCGAGUUUUGCAAUCAUGGCGGGGACUUUCUCAUUUCGGGUGGUGACGACCGGCGCGUGUUGCUAUGGCAACUGGACCAGGCGCUGCACGAGCAGGGUCAGCCGGCGGAGAUGAAGGGGCAUCACAUCUCCAACAUCUUCUGCCUCGCCUUCAACAGCGACAACACCAGGAUCUUCUCAGCAGGUAAUGAUGAACAGGUGAUUCUCCACGACACGGCAAGUCGAGAGACGAAAGACGUGUUCCGUCACGAGGAUGCGGUUUACGGGCUGAGCGUGGACCCAAACAACGACAACGUGUUCGCCAGCGCGUGUGACGACGGCAGGGUCCUCAUCUGGGACAUACGCGAAAACCCCUCAGCAGAGCCGUUCUGCCUGGCUAACUACACGUCCGCGUUCCACGCCGUGGUGUACAACCCGGUGGAGCCGAGGCUGCUCGCCACCGCCAACUCCAAGGAGGGCAUUGCACUCUGGGACAUCAGGAAACCUCGCAGCUGUGUGCAGAGGUUUGGGGGCAGCCUGACGUCGGACAGCGCCAUGAGUGUGAAGUUUAACGGGCUGGGGACACAGGUGAUGGGCCUGCGCCGCCGGCUGCCUCCCGUGCUCUACAACCUGCACUCCCCCACCCCCGCAUGCCAGUUCGACCACCCCGGCUACUACAACUCCUGCACCAUGAAGAGCUGCUGCUUUGCCGGAGACAGGGACCAGUAUCUGCUGUCGGGGUCAGAUGACUUUAACCUCUACCUGUGGCGGAUACCAGAGGACACAGAACUGGAACCCCGGGUAGUGACGGCUCACAUGGUGCUGAAGGGGCACCGCUCCAUCGUGAACCAGGUGCGCUUCAACCCCGCCACUCACCUGGUGGUGUCCUCAGGUGUGGAGAAGGUCAUCAAGGUGUGGAGCCCGUUUAAACAGCCAGAGUCCGGUGGUCAGAUCGAGCAGCAGGAUGCCACCCCUCAGCGCAGCAUGUACACACAUGAGGAGUACAUCAGCCUGGUGCUGAACUCCGGCCAGGGCCUGUCCCACGACUACGGACACCAGUCUGUGCAGGAGGACCCGCGCAUGAUCGCGUUCUUCGACUCGCUGGUUCAGCGUGAGAUCGAGGGGUGGAGCUCCGAGUCGGAGGACAGCCUGGAGCUGGAUGAGGGCAUCUUCCGCCCGCUGCAGGAGCUGGCCGGGCUCGACAGCGAUACGGCAGGGAGGGCCCUGAACAGGCACAGGUCAGGGUCUGUUUGUUUGUUUGUUUGUUUGUUUGUUUGUUUGUUUGUUUGCUCCGAGUCGGAGGACAGCCUGGAGCUGGACGAGGGCAUCUUCCGCCCUCUGCAGGAGCUGGCCGAUACGAUGUUUGAAAUUACGAGGAGAAAGAAAGAAAGCGUGUGUUUCCUCCUCGUGCAGGUGCUGGGCCCCCGCAGUCCCGGAGACCGACAGAGCGACACCAACUCCACAGAGUGCCUGCUGUACACUGACAGUCGGACCAGCGAGAACACAGAGGGGACGCCGCUGAACCCCAAGUCUCGGGAGUUUCUGUCCACAGACAGCGACUCCGACAGCGAUGACCAGGUGACUCAGCAGCCGGCCAGGAACAGCUCGAGUCUGCCCCGGAGGCUGCGAGUGCUGAUGUGGGGGGACGAGGACAGGCCGGAGGGGGGUGCCGCGUCUGGCAGCAGGAGGGGGGGCAGCCCUGUACCGGACAGGGGGGUGGCUGUCGCCGCAGGGGGCAGGAGGAACGAGGCAGCAGGGAGAAGAAGAGGGGAGACGUCUGCAUCUGAGGGCAGACGGAGGGGUAGAGCCGCCGCGGCUGCCAGCUCGAGUGUUCGGCACGAGCAGAGCGACAGCGACAGCGAUGCGGACAGGAGAGCGGCCGCCAUGCGGCAGAGGAACGCGCGGAGAAGACUCAGUUGGACACACGCAGCGUCGCAGCCUCAUCAUAACUAUACAGCAGCAGCUGCAGCAACAACCAGUCAGACUGCGGGAACCUCCCUGCAGUCCUCAGACGACGGAAUCACAAGUGCAGCACCCGCUAGCACUACAAGUAAGGCCACAUCUGCCCCAACAGCGGAAAGCUUUGUGCCGUAUUCAGAUUCAGACUCCUCUGAGGGAGAGAAAACCCUGAAGAAGCUGACAUAUACGGAAACGUCAGGAACAGAACGUCCUGGACCUUCGUCUGUAGGUGCGCCCCAUAACCAGGGAGAGCAGUCGACAGUGUUAGAAGAACCAGUUUCUAAUGCAGGUGAAGAUGGAGGGUUGCCCUUGGCGACGCAUCAGCAGGAGAGGGCUGCAGAGGAUGCUGCGGGUCCUGCUGCGGCACCGGGUGGAGACGGCGUGCGAGCCGGCGGCGCGGGGAACGGAGCCGCAGGGCAGCAGCAGAGGGAGGAGCACCGCCGGGUGAACGGGAAGACGAUCGUGAUCCGGCACGACCCGGAGGAGACGGGAGAGGCCAUGCUGGAGCGGCUGCAGAACCUGGUGGAGCAGUACAACCAGGUGGUGGAGAGGCACAACCAGUGGAGACAGGCCCUACGACAGGCACAGGCAGGGGACAGGCCUGAACAACAGGCACAGGCCGGCAACAGGCCCACCCCACAACAGGCACAGGCCGGCAACAGGACCACCCCACAUCAGGCUUGGGACACUGCACAAGCACAGGCCAGAGACAGUCCUGAACAACAGGCACAGGCCGGGGACAGGCCUGAACAACAGGCUGGGGACAGGCCUGAACAACAGGCACAGGCCAGCAACAGGCCCACCCCACAUCAGGCACAGGCUGGGGACAGGCCCACCCCACAACAAGCACAGGCCAGAGACAGUCCUGCACAACAGGCACAGGCAGGUGACAGGCCCACACAACGGGCACAGGCAGGUGACAGGCCCACACAACAGGCACAGGCAGGUGACAGGCCUACCUCACAACUGGCAGGAGGGAGUGGGGAGGGGGCAGUGCCUGAGCCGGAUACCAGGGACAAGAUCUCAGUGGAGCAACCUGAUGCAGAAUUCAGACGGGAGAUUCAGGAUUCUAGCAGGAGCACUGGCCAGCUGGUUGGUCUCGAGGCAGCUUCUGGUACGACUAGCGAUGACAGUACUAUAGCCCACAGUAGCCAGUCUGCUGCUGCAGAGGCACAGAGCACUAGUAGUGUAGGAGCAAUGCAGGGAUCAGAGGGUAGCCCGUCAGCAACAGUUUCAUGUGCCCCUGGACAGAGCACUAACAGGCCAGCAGCGGGGAAUACUUUCGGACAGCACAGGGUGGUGGUGGGAGAUCUGAAGAAUGGGGAUCUGGCAAAUGGCUCAACAGUCGAGCGUGGUCCGCUGAUGGACACCAACAACAGUGUGGAUAAGAGACAGGCAGACACGCUGCCCAGUAUGACUGACCAUUGCUACGGCGUGGGCAGCUCGUCAAGGAAAAGGUGUCACAAGGAACCGUUAGGCAGUCGCACAGAAACAACGCAACACGACGGACUUACAGCUACAGCGCCCAAGAGGGGAAGACUGUCCAACGAUCAGUCCAAGUUGGAACCCGACAGAUUACCAGUAUUACACAGUCAUGAACCAGACUGUCCGUGCACUGAUAGUGAUAAUGGCCUGGGCAUGCCAAGGGCUCCAGAACUGCAGUUGUGUGCGAGUAAAGAACCCCUUCCUUCCAGUAGCUCCAAUGGAACUAUUUCCCUUUCUGCCAGUAGCACAGCAGCAGCAGCUACAAACUGUAAUGUUACUCCCACAAACUCAGCUACCGGCUUGGACAGAACUGAUACCACUGAGUGGCACAAUUUUAAGAGAUUCAGAAACAGACUGGAAAGAGCAAGAAAUCGUGACCACGGGAAUUUGGUGGACAGUGAUAGCGAUGAUGACCUAUAGGGAAGCAUUUAAAGAAUAGUAUAACCACAUUUAACCCCCAGCUAAACCUAAGUACAUGUAUGAGGAAACACACAUUGUGCGGUUACUCACCACACAUCUGUGUAGUUCACUUUUUGUGUUUUUCCCCACAUGAUGCUGAGUGGACACAUUAUGUGUAUUUUGUUUCCUCCCCAUGUGCUAAGCACGUGUCAACUGAAUGUGGUGUAAGGAAGUAUACAAACUUCACAAGUGGUUACAAAAAGACAAUGAAUGUGUAUUUCCUCAUAUUUGGUUCCACAUAUAUACUAAUGACUCCAUAGUGUAGGCGUAGCUCAGAUCAUGAAUUGUCUUUCUCCCAGUCUUGCUGAUAAAUACAGUUGCUUACAUCAGGUAUAAUAUAAACCUCCGUAAUAUAAGGACAUGUUCACAGCUAUACAGUGCAAUGCAAGACAAGAAUAUGUUUCAAGUGGAUAUGAUCGGUGUUUUCUGUCCUCGGGAGAAAUGUCUGUUGCCAUCAUUCGUCAGUUCCUGUUGCCUGCAGAUGAUUAUUUUCUAUCCUUACUUUUGUGUCAGUAAUCCCGGCACUACCUGUCAGUUAUCUGUUCAAACUUUUAUUGAAUAAAUAAAAACCUGCUGAGGGAUUUAACUUAUAAUAAAUAACAUGAAAGACGUGUUACUUGAGGAACCAACCAGAUUGACAUGUUUCCUUCACAACCUCGAAGUUCAGAAGUACGUGAGUGCAGCAGUUAAUGCAUCUCCCUAGAUUAUUUCCUAUGAAGAAGAUCAUCCAUAACCAAUCCCUCAGCAAUACAUCUGUCAUAGGAUACUUGUUAUUCUUUUGUUAAUAAUAACUACCUACCCAGUAAACCCAGAGGAAAAUACUAUUGUGUUACUAAAAUGCCAGUCUCCUCUAAUGCAAGCUGAGAACAAUUAUGAUGGUGUUCAAAGAUGAUAAAUGAUAUGUACAACCAGUUAAGAUGACUGGCUAGAUUAGAGUAUUGUACCGUUGAAGCAGCCUACAAGGAUAUACGGGUCAUGUCCAGCAUUGCUUGCAAGUCUUACCAGCUUCUGUAGUAGAAUUCUUCUAUGACUACCUGCCUACAGGUAUCCAGUGAUGGAUUGUAACUGAGCUGCCAUAUCCCUGCAAAAUAAAGCCUGGCACAUUUACCAAGUACAGAUGUGAUUCUUUACAACAUCUACAAACAG